AUGAAGAACGCAGUCAAUUAUUCUGGAGUUUCAACCUGUAUUGGCAAUGCAGACGCUUCAAUCGAUACAUCCAGAGGCAAUUCUCCCCCAGCUGCUAGGACCUCUGAGGGUCUAACAAUUCCUCACAUAAAAGUCAAAAAGAUUUGCUGUAUUGGUGCUGGAUACGUCGGGGGUCCUACAUGUACAAUAAUUGCAGCAAAGAACCCGGAUAUCAUUGUCACGAUUGUCGAUAUCAAUCAAGCCCGUAUCGAUGCGUGGAAUUCCGAUAACCUUCCCAUUUCUGAGCCAGGACUGGAUGAGGUUGUGAAAAGCUGUCGUGGACGAAACCUGUUUUUUUCCACUGAUGUCGACAAAGCAAUUCAUGAUUCAGACCUAAUCUUCGUAUCGGUGAACACUCCAACCAAGACCAAAGGAGUGGGAGCUGGAUAUGCCGCCGACCUUGGCUAUGUAGAGAGUGCGACAAGACGCAUUGCCCAGAUUGCCCGGAGCGACAAGAUCGUCGUUGAAAAGAGCACAGUGCCUUGCCGAACAGCGCAAAACAUGCGGUACAUCCUCGAGGCAAACUCCAAGGCCGGGAUCCGAUUCGAUAUUCUUUCCAAUCCUGAGUUUCUCGCUGAAGGGACCGCUGUCUCGGAUUUAAUGAACCCCGACAGAGUGCUCAUUGGAUCCUUGAAAACAGAAUCCGGGCGCGCGGCUGCAGCUUCCUUGGCAGAUGUCUAUGCAUCUUGGGUCGCACGCGAUCAGAUCAUCACGAUGAACCUCUGGUCCUCAGAACUUUCAAAGUUAGCGGCGAAUGCUCUACUAGCCCAGAGAAUCUCAUCGAUCAAUGCGCUCUCAGCGAUCUGCGAAGCUACCGGGGCAGACAUUGAAGAAGUCAGUUACGCAUGCGGACUAGAUACCAGAAUUGGGUCAAAAUUCCUCAAAGCUAGUGUCGGGUUCGGAGGAAGUUGCUUCCAGAAGGAUAUCCUUAACUUGGUGUAUCUGAGUGAGAGCUUGCAUCUUCCGGAGGUUGCUGCUUACUGGAAACAGGUCGUUGAUAUGAACGAGUACCAGAAACGGCGAUUUUCAAACCGAGUGAUAUCUAGUUUUUUCAACACCAUCUACGGGAAAAAGAUAGCGAUCCUAGGGUUUGCAUUCAAGAAAGAUACCAGCGACACCCGCGAGUCUCCUGCAAUCACACUAGUAAACCACUUCCGUACGGAGGGCGCUCAAAUCGCCAUUUACGACCCCAAAGUUCAGGAAUCACAGAUUUGGAUUGACCUCACCGAACCAGGCGUCGUGGACGACCUUAAGGAAGUACAGAAGCAGGUCUCGAUCGCGAAAGACGCUUAUGCUGCCUGCGACGAUGCCGAUGCUGUCAUUAUUUGCACAGAAUGGGAUGAGUUUAGAGAUACUGUGUUGGAUUAUAAGCUGAUUUAUGAUCACAUGAAGAAACCAGCGUUUGUGUUUGAUGGAAGGUUAAUUCUAAAUAAGACAAGGCUUGAGGAUAUGGGGUUUCAGGUAGGAACUAUUGGAAGGGCGACGAGUGGCUUCACAGUUCCUAAAGACUGGGAGUAA